CCGUCGAUUUCUCGCCUUUGAUCGUCCAACGCUGACGUUGGGCUCGAUAUAUAGUCGCGGCCUCUCUUGUGAUCGAAGCAUCUUCACUACGCCCUCAUACGCUAGUAGCAAUCAUGCCUUUCCUCAACCUGUCCGAGUCCUUCCCGCACCUCCGCGCAAAAGACGAGGUCCAACUGCACUACCUCCUUUCGACUCCCUCCCACCCCAUCUUCACACAAGCAGCCACGGCUCGCGCAGCCGCAGGCACAAAGGCCAAUGGCCACAUCCCAGACUCUCUCUCCGCCGCCACUCACCCAGACCCACGCUACCCGCUCCUAGUCGUCUUCCCCUCGGAGCUCUUCUCCGUCUCCCUCCUCUUCCCUCACAUCCUCUGCGAUGCCGACCUCUCACGUCGCUUCAACAUCCUCGCCCUCGAUCCUCGCGGUCACGGCCUGACUAGGGAGGUUCCGCCUCGCAAGGGUUCGCCUCACCUCUACGACUUGGACACCAAGACGGCGGAUUGUCUGGCUUUCCUGGACGAGUACCUCAAUGCACCUGGCGUGGCCAAGCCACAGGGAGGACAAUGGCAGUUCCACAUCGUCGCCUGCGGUAUGUCUGGCCUCGUCGCCACGCGGGCAGCCGCCAAGCUAGGCAACGCCAUCCAGACUUUGAGCAUCGUUAGCCCGAUCCUCGAGGUGGAGGAUCAAUUCAUCAUCGACUCGAUCGCGCAAUGCGAGGAGAUUAUCAACGAGGCCUGGACAACAGCACAUAGCGAUGAGGAUUCACGCAAUAGUGCUGGUAACAUGCCUGGGGAGCUCGUCGAGGGCUUCGGCUACAGAUGGGCAGGCGAGGACGAAUCGCUGCCCAAGCAUGUGGAGCGAAGCACUUUCGCAGACCUGUACGAUCGAUUCAUCCGUCGCGGCGAUGGGAAGGAGGCAGCUAGGGCUUUCCUGUUCGACCUCUACUUCGAGCGCAAGGCGCAGAGUGACGAGGAGAGGGCGAGAGUCACGGCUGACUUGCUCGUCGUGGAGGGGAGUGAACAUCUGCCUUAUGAAGAGCCCAUCGGAGGUACGCUGAGGAAGCGGUUCCCGAAUGCUAGGAGCUUCAGGUACGAACAGAUUCAGAAGGCGCCCUUCCUUCUCAGUGUCAUGCGACCGUUGGAAGUGCGCGACCUGGUCAAGGGGUUCAUCCUGCCUCGCAUCGGCGCUACCAACAAUGGAGCUGGAACCAACACAGCAACACAGGCCAAGACGAUCACCCUCAGCCACGCCGAGAUGCACCAGCUUCGCCUCGCCUUCACCAGCGUAUCGCCUUCGGCGCCGAGCAGGACUCUCUUCCGCAACGGCAGCAACAACAGUGGGAGAACGAGCAGGGGACCCGGAGAUGAGAGGCUCGCGCCUGUAGUGGAGAAGAUGGAGCGCAGCUCCCUUGCGUAAGAGACAGCGAUGUAGGUGGGUGGGCAGGCAGGCAGGCUUGCCCAUUUGGAUAGCUAUUGUACAAAGUCACGAUCACGGGUGCGCUCCUUCCCCUCCUCUCUCUCUCACAAUAUCAUCCAGUCUACGCCAUGAUCCU